ACUUCAUCAACAGUAACAACAGUUAGUCAGCCACCUCCGUAGCCAACAUUGCUGAAAACAGUCACUGUGUUUUAAACAUACUUCUGUCGUGUCUACUUGUUGGCCCAUUUACUGUAACGUUAAUAUUUACGUUGUUUGUCAGGUAGCUGGCUUGCCAAAUUAGUUUUGCACUAGGCUAAUCGCUAAUGCUAAGUAGCUAGCUAGUUAACAUCCCCUACCAUGAGUUCACUAAGGCACUCUGAUAAAGAAGAGAUCUGCUGGACGGAGGAAGAAGAGGCUGUUACAGUUAAACAAGAAGUAGAGAAUGAGGCUGUUACUGUGAAAGAAGAGAAAGAAGCUUUCAGAGUGAAAGAGGAGGAGGAGGAUGUUACUGUGAAAGAAGAAGAGAAAGAAGCUUUCAGAGUGAAAGAGGAGGAUGUUACUGUGAAAGAAGAAGAGAAAGAAGUUACUGUGACAGAAGAGAAAGAAGCUUUCAGAGUGAAAGAGGAGGAGGAUGUUACUGUGAAAGAAGAGGAGGAAGAAGUUUUCGGGGUGAAGAUAGAGGGGGAGAUUACUGUCACGUUGAAAGAGGAAGAAGAGGAGGGGCAGAUUACUGUCACGUUGAAAGAGGAGGAGGAAGAGGAGACGGGAGAUCUGAGUAACACCGGAAAGAGACCAGAUUCUCACUCCAGCAGGAAGAGAUUCUGCGAUAGCAGGAAGAGUCCUUCAGGGAAACCGGAACCAGAGACUCCCAAACCAGCAAGACGACACCUCUGUUCCCAUUGUGGAAAGAGUUUUACUAAGUUACGGAACCUAAAAGAGCAUGAGAGGACACACACGGGAGAAAAGCCUUUCCAAUGUUCCCACUGUGGAAAGAGUUUUACCGUGUUAGUUAACAUGAAAAGGCAUGAGAGAAUACACACAGGAGAAAAGCCUUACCAAUGUUCUCAGUGUGGAAAGAGUUUUACCUUGUUAGUUAACAUGAAAAGGCAUGAGAGAAUACACACAGGAGAAAAGCCUUACCAAUGUUCUCAGUGUGGCAAGAGUUUCACCCAGUUAGGGAGCCUGAAAAUACAUAACAAAAUACACUCUGGAAAGAAGUCUUACCACUGCUCCCAAUGUGGAAAGACUUUUAAACAGUUAAAGCACCUGAAAUCACAUGAAAGAACACAUUCAGGAGAGAAGCCUUUUCACUGUUCUCAUUGUGGAAAGGCAUUUUCCCAGUCAGAGGACCUGAAAUCACAUGAGAGAAUAGAGAGGCUGUGUUCCGACUUAUGUUUUUGACUGAGAAUUUGUGUCUUUGUUUAUGCAACUUGAAGUCAUAUUGUUUUUAUGAACAAAUAAAUCAUUGUUUAUAUGAAACCUUA